CAUGGCGUCAGGGCAGACACGCAAGAUGCUGGCGCUCAGUCGCUGUGCCAUAUAUCUGUUGUUAUUACUCGUUCCUGGAGCGAUCUCCUCCACGCUUCGACUUCACCAUGACCAGAGAUUCAUGCUACCACAGGACAGGGGUUUCUCCCUAGUGCGUGCACACCUGGAGCAUGCAGAAAGUCGCGUCGUGCGUCUGGAGAGAGAAGUCAGGGAGGCUUCAUCAUCCGCGCACCAGCAUCGCGUUCGGCGGAAUGCUGCUGGAUCACCCGUGCCAAAGGUUUAUGGAAGGGCCAACCUGAAUGACUCUCAUAAUCAAAUGGUCGUCCACUGGGCCGGAGAGAAGAGCAAUGUCAUAGUAGCGCUCGCGAGAGACAGCGUUGGUGCCACAGAUCCCAAGAGCAGCUCGGUGUACGUGUCUUAUGACUAUGGAACCACCUUCACUCAAGUAUCAGAGAAAUUUCAACUGUCUGGGGACCAGGAGGGCAAGAAACAAGUCAUCUCGCAGUUUUACCACAGCCCCGCCGACAACAAACGAUAUCUAUUUACUGACGCCACGAACAGUUACCUGUGGAACACCUUUGACUUCUGCCAAAUUGUUCAAGGUUUCUCCAUCCCAUUCAAGCCCACGGACUUACUGCUGCACAAUAAGAGGCCUAACCUGGUCCUCGGUUAUGACAGUUCUCACCCCAAUAAACAGCUGUGGAAAUCAGAUGACUUCGGUGAGACGUGGGUGUUAAUUCAGGAGCAUGUGAAGUCCUACUUCUGGGGUGUAGAACCAUACGACAAACCCACCACAGUGUUUGUCGAGCGCCACGAGCCCCAGGGAGACUCCAGCAUCCUCAGCAGCACGGACUUCUUCCAGGACGAGCAAAACCGCCGCGUUAUCCUGGAGAAGGUGGACAGCUUCCAGCUACGGGACAAGUACAUGUUUGCCACAACCACUAGGACGUUGUUUGGGAGCCACGAGUCUCAGUCUGUCCAGCUGUGGGUUUCCUACAACCGGCAGCCAAUGAGAGCAGCUCAGUUUAACACCCGCCACCCCAUCACGGAGUACUACAUAGCAGAUGCUUCGGAGGACCAGGUGUUCGUAUGCGUGAACCACAAUAAUAACGUUACACACCUGUACAUCUCGGACACACAGGGCCUAGCCUUCUCUCUGUCCCUAGAGAACGUGCUGUUCUACAGCCCUGAUGGCUCUGGGAGCAACACGCUUAUCAGGUACUUCGCCAACGAGCCGUUUGCAGAUCUCCACCGGGUCGAGGGGCUGAGGGGUGUGUUUGUGGCCACUCUGAUCAAUGGAUCGGUCACUGAGGACAACAUGCGGUCAGUCAUCACGUUUGAUAAAGGAGGAACCUGGGAGCUUCUGCAGCCACCUGCGGCCGACAGCCUGGGAGGAACCGUAGUCUGCCAGCUGGACAAUGGCUGUUCCCUGCACUUGGCCCAGAGAUGGAGUCAGCUGCUGAAUAUUCAGCUGCGCAGGAUCCCUGUUCUGUCUAAAGAGUCUGCACCUGGCCUCAUCAUGGCAACAGGAUCUGUUGGAAAGAAUCUGGCCAAUAAGCCCAAUGUGUAUGUAUCCAGCAGCGCAGGGGUCAGAUGGAGAGAGGCCCUGGCUGGUCCUCAUUUCUACACCUGGGGAGAUCAUGGAGGGAUCCUGAUGGCUAUCGCACAGGGUGGCUCCACCAGAACACUCAAAUUCAGUACCAACGAGGGGGAAACCUGGAAAGAGUUCCAGUUCUCAGAGCAGGAGGUAUAUGUGUACCAGCUGCUGACUGAACCGGGUGAAAAGAGCACCAUCUUCACCGUCUUCGGCUCAUAUGCGGACCAGAAACACAGCUGGCUCAUUGUGCAGGUCAACGCUAGUGAUGUGCUUGGUGUGCCGUGCUUGGAGGGCGACUAUAAACGCUGGUCUCCUUCUGAUGAGAGGGGAAACGGCUGUCUGCUCGGCAGAGAGAUGGUGUACAAGCGCCGCUCGCCUCACGCCACCUGCUUCAACGGCGAGGACUUCGACAGGCCCGUCACUCUGUCCAACUGCUCCUGCACUCGACAGGACUUUGAGUGUGACUACGGGUUUAAGCUGAGUGAGGAUCUGUCUCUCGAGGUGUGCGUGCCUGAUCCUGAGUUUUCUGGAAACCUUUAUGCCCCACCAGUACCCUGUCCGGUGGGCACCACUUACCGUCGCAGCAAAGGGUACAGGAAGGUUUCUGGAGACAGCUGCAGUGGAGGAGAUGUUGGAGCUCGGCUGGAUGGAGAAAUGCUGCCCUGUCCUGUGGGAGAGAGUAAUGAGUUUAUCCUGUAUGCGGUGAGGAGCUCCAUUCACCGCUAUGACCUGGCCACAGGUACAGACCAGCCGCUUCCACUCUCGGGUCUCCAUGAAGCCGUGGCUCUGGAUUUUGAUUAUGAGAAGAACUGCCUAUACUGGGCUGAUAUUUCACUGGACACCAUACAGAGACUGUGUUUGAAUGGAAGCUCUGGACAGGAAGUGAUUGUCAGAAAGGACUUACAAAACGUGGAGGCGCUGUCAUUUGACCCCAUCAGCCGGUUGCUGUAUUGGGUGGAUGCUGGUGCUCAGAAACUCGAGGUGUCCAACUCUGAUGGAGACCUGAGACACACUCUGGUCAAUUCUUCAGUGGUGGAGCAGCCUCGAGCCCUGACGCUCAUGCCAGGAGAGAGCUUGAUGUUUUGGACAGACUGGGGCGAUCGUGCAGCAGGCAUCUACCGCAGCUGGAUGGACGGUUCCAACAUCGCCUGCAUUGUGUCUGAGGCAGUUCGCUGGCCCAACGGCAUAACGGCUGAUGAAUCAUGGCUGUACUGGACGGAGGCAUAUGGAGACCGCAUUGAAAGAGCAGACUUUAAUGGAAGCCGCCGUACUGUGAUAAUGGAGGGCCUGCCGCAUCCUUAUGCUAUUGCUGUUUUUAAGAAUGACCUGUACUGGGAUGACUGGUCUAGAAUGGGAAUCUUCAAAGCACCUAAAUCAGGCUCACCAGACAGUGAGAUGCUAGUGGGCAGACUGACAGGAGUGAUGGAUCUCAAGAUCUUUUACAAGGGAAAAAACAGAGGUCAGAAUGCUUGUGUGGAUCAGCCAUGCAGUCUUCUGUGUCUUCCCCAGCCUGAAAACAAGCAUCACUGUGUUUGCCCCGAUGGAGUUUCCACCACCAUUUUACCCUCAGGAGAGCAUCAGUGCCAGUGUCCCGGUGGAUACCAGCUCCGCAAUAAUACAUGCGUUAAGACAGAACACACCUGCCUGCCAAACCAGCACCGCUGCACUAAUGGGAAAUGCAUCAGCAGCAUCUGGAAGUGUGACAGUGACAACGACUGCGGCGACAUGAGUGAUGAACAGGAGUGCCCCACCACUUCCUGUGACUCUGCGGUCCAGUUCCGCUGUGUGGCCUCAGGGUCCUGCAUUCCACUGGCCUUCAAGUGUGACCAUGAGGAUGACUGUGGAGAUAACAGUGACGAGGAGCAUUGUGAGUCUCACAAGUGUGGACCGGGGGAGUUCACCUGUGCAAGAGGUGUGUGUAUUCGGGACGCGUGGCGCUGUGAUGGAGACAACGACUGCAGGGACUGGUCAGACGAGGCCAACUGUACUGUGGGUCACCACACGUGUGAGAGCAGUAGUUUCCAGUGUCACACGGGUCACUGCAUUCCUCAGCGCUGGGUGUGUGACGGAGAUGACGACUGCCAGGAUGGCUCCGAUGAAGACCCAACCCAGUGUGGUAAAGAAAAGUGCAAUGGCUUCUUGUGCUCUAAUGGCACCUGUCUGCCUGCUAGUGCUCACUGCAAUGGUGUGGAGGACUGUCCAGGAGGGGCUGAUGAGCAAAACUGUGGUCCCCUCUGUGCACACUAUAUGGAGUUUGUUUGCAGAAACCGAGCACAGUGUCUGUUCCAGUCUCUGGUGUGUGAUGGUACACGGCACUGCUCCGAUGGAUCUGAUGAGGACCCGAAGUAUGCAGGCUGCUCAACUAACCCUGAGUUUGAGAAAACAUGUGACGGCUACAGCUUCCAGUGUUCCAAUGGAAUGUGUGUGACCCUGGAGUGGAAGUGUGACGGCAUGGACGACUGUGGCGACUACUCUGACGAGGCCAACUGUGCGUCCCCGACCGAUGAGCCGGGCUGCUCGCGUUACUUUCAGUAUGAGUGUAAGAAUGGCCGCUGUGUGCCCGCCUGGUGGAAGUGUGAUGGGGAAAAUGACUGCAGUGACUGGUCUGAUGAAUCUCAAUGCUCAGAUGGCAGAGCUCCUCACACACCUGCGCCGGGUCCAGCUACCUGUGCUCCUAAUCGUUUCCUCUGUGGUUCUGGCGCGUGUAUUGUGAACACCUGGGUGUGCGACGGCUACGCUGAUUGUCCUGAUGGCAGCGAUGAAGUGGGCUGUCCCACAGUCAAAGGCUCAGUGACUCCAUUGGCAACUCUUCCUCCUUCGGGCCGCUGUACUAAAGAUCAGUUCCUGUGCCUGAAGCCUCCAGUCUGUAUCGCUGAUUGGCAGCGCUGUGAUGGACAUCCUCACUGCGUGGACGGGUCUGAUGAGGACAACUGUCCCACUCAUGGUCCGCUGCUCUGUGUGAAUGGCACUCUCUGUGCGGACGGCGAGGCCUGCGUGCUGAACAGCGAGAGGUGUGAUGGCUUCAUAGACUGUUCUGACCGGAGUGACGAGGACAACUGCACUAUGGAUUUGCUGGUCUACAAAAUUCAAAAUCUUCAGUGGAAAUCUGCUGAGAAACAUCUUCCUGCGCAGGUGGGUGUCCAGCAGUGGACGUCCAUGGACACAAACAGCAAUAAGGGCAGUGCCGUUCUGACCGUGUUGAUGCCGGACACAACCUACCAGGUGAAGGUUCAGACUCAGUGUCUCAGCAAACAGCACAGGACCAAUGAAGUUCUCACACUACGCACACCAGAAGGAUUGCCAGAUCCCCCGCAAAAUCUGCAGCUGAGCUCUGACAAUGCUGAGGACGGGACGGUACUGUGUUCCUGGAGCCCUCCUGAUAAAGCACAUGGACUCAUCAGGGAGUAUAUUGUGGAGUACAGUGAAAAGGACAGUGCAGAGUGGUAUUCCCAGCGUAGCACCAUCACGAAUGCAGAAGUGAAGGGCCUGCAGCCCAGCUCGCUCUACAGAUUCAGGGCGGCUGCUGUCACAAGCAGAGGCAUGGGAAACUGGACCGAAAUUAAGUCCAUUAUUCCUCAAAAAGCUCUCUCUCCUCCUGAUGUCGAGAUCUCCAGCAUCACAGAGGACUCCAUGAUUUUGUCCAUCACCAAUGAUUAUAAAGUCCAGGUGAAGCACUAUAUUGUUGUCAUUUCAUGGGUAUUUGAUGAACAUGUGAAGGAGAGCUGGAAUUACACGGUUUCAGGGACAUUGAAAGCCUCUAACCUGACAGCAGGAACAGUGUAUGAGGUGGCGGUGUGGGCUCACACGGAUGAUGGAGACAGUCCUACUUCUCUGUUCCGCAAGCAGACCAAAGGUGUUAUGUAUGGAUUGUUCUACGCCACAUCCUUCCUGGAUCUGUACCGCAGACCUCACAGGGUGAAUACCACCUCAACCAGUCUGGCGGUGAUCGUUGACAGCGACAAGCAGUUCCUCUUCCUGGUGAGGGUGAUCGUUCCAUUCCUCGGUCCUCCAUCAGACUACGCCGUAGUGAAGAUGAUCCCCAAUGAGCGACUUCCACCUCGAAACCUGCACAAGGUGCGAGUGGAUAAGACACAGGCCACUCUGAAGUGGCAGCCGCCAUAUGAUUCUCCCAGCAGUCCUUUGAUGUAUGCAGUGCACGUGCGAGAUACAGUUCGUAAAAUGGAGCGGGACUAUAAGGUGAGCACUCAGAACAACACGGUGGAGUACACGCUGAAGGGCCUGGAGCCUGGAGGACGCUACAGCAUAGCAAAAUAAUGUUUAAUAUAUGUAAAAUUCCCUGCUGUAUUGUAUUUUUUCCACACAGUUCCUCUGUCUGCGCCUGAGGCCCUCAAGAUCUUAGAAGAACAGGAUCAUGUGUUCCUCUUCUGGAAGAGCCUGGCUGUGAAGGACCGGACCUUCAAUGAGAGCAGGGGCUAUGAGGUGUAUAUGCAUGACAGCGUCAGCAACUCCACAAAGUGUCUGGGUAACACAACGGAGACGUUCUUCAGGAUCAGCAACCUGUUGGUGGGCCAUAACUAUACCUUCUCAGUGCGGGCGCGCUGUCUGCUCAUCAACCAGCUGUGUGGAGAGGCGGCGGUGCUGUUAUAUGAUGAACUGGGCAAAGCAGCAGGGCCAAACGAUGCCUCAUCUCAGUCAGGUAAAUCAGAGGACAUGGCGGCGGUGGUGGUUCCAGUGUUGUUCCUGCUGUUGGUGGGUGUGUGUGGAGGCCUGGUGGUGCUUUACCUCAGACACCGUCGGCUACAGCACAGCUUCACCGCUUUCGCUAACAGCCACUACAACUCUCGUCUGGGCUCUGCCAUUUUCUCCUCAGGAGAUGAGCUGGGUGACGAUGAUGAAGAUGCUCCUAUGAUCAGUGGCUUUUCAGAUGACGUUCCCAUGGUGAUUGCAUAGCUGGACAACUCUUCUAUCCUCCUCCUUCACUUCCCACUCCACUUCCUCGUCAUGUUUUCUUACGUGCCCAUCCGGCACGCCUUCAAGCUAUCGAGCCCCUUCCUCUUUACCCCUCCGGUCACUUAGAAAAACGCUGGAUUUGGGUUUCUGGACCCUGAGGAAGAAAAGAAAGCAUGGAGCAAAAGAGAUAUUUUUGAAAAUAAGAUGCACUUUUUUCGGAUGCGCAAUAACGUAUUUUUUAUAUAUAAUAUAUGUGGGUAAUUGAUUUUGUAGGCAUUAACUGAAGCAAACUGUGAAGGAGUUUGUCAGCUGAUCAGCAGGCUCACUGAACAGGGAAACGACCCUUAUUGUACAACAAACUCUCACAUGAGCAUUGCAUUUGCUUAAAGCCAAAACAAGCAUCUAGAUAUGGGUACAUCAGUGUAAAAACACAAACAUACACAACAAAAAAAUCUAAAAAGCAAACCUCAUAUGUGUACAGAUGAGAAAAAUGGACCAAUGAAUGCUGAUGAAAAGGGAAGGCGGUACGUAGGCUGUUGGCAGUAAAUUGCACAGGAUCAGAUUUUUGUUGUAUAUGCUCAAUUUGUGUCACUUUAUUUCAGUAGACCUGCAUUUGUCCAUGGUACCUUGUUUACACUUUGUAUCCAUUUGUUAAUUUCUUUGCUCAGCAAUAGAUUUAAUUCCCUCUGCUUUUUGAAAAUGUGAAAACUGUAACCUGUUUUGGUUGUUUUAUCAGCUGUUUUCAGAAAAGAAUGACCAAAAUUAAGACAGUUAUUUGAGUGUUGUCCACAUUAAGUCCCAUGCUUAGUCCAUAUGUUCACUGUCUUCUUUGAUUUAUCCUACACAUUUUAUCUAGCGAAUAUUAUAAUAUUGCAUAUCCUGUGUGCUGUCAUGGUUUUAGUCCUUUAGUGUUCUCAGGGAACUGGGUUAGUGUAGAUGUACCAGCGAUAUAUCAGUCACACUGCCACAGGCAGCGCAGUGUGUUUAAUUCAGAGACUAUUGUGCUGUACAGUAGUUCCAUAUUGCAGUGAAGCCUGUGCAGCUCUCGUCUGAACGGACCAGAAGGCUUCAUUAUUGUGCCAAGCUUAAGAAAAGCAGAGGGUAGAGCAGAUGUCUUGCCUUCCCGAACCGUUGUGAAGAGGUACAUGUGUUAAAUCCAUGUUUCAUUUUAACUGGAUUGCGGGUGUUGCUUAAAAGAUUUCUUUAUGAAUGUAUUUUUUUCCCCUUCUUUUUUUUUUGUAUCUUGUAUUGAGGUGACCAGAAAAAAAGGAAAAUGGAUAUGGUCUACCCCCAUCUUCUUUAAUGUUCAAGGAUUUUAAAAUGAGGUUUAUGGCCAGUUUACAUUCAAAUGCUUGUGGUCAUUAUUAAUGAUACCCAAUUAUUAAUUGGAAUUAGAACUGUUCAGUUGAUAGAUGUGGCUGUUUUUAGUGAAAUUGUGCUUUUCAGUACCACAUUGCCUUAUUACAACACACUGUAUGUAGCAGUAUGUCAAUGUCAUCACGCAUGCACGCGUUCACAGGAGAUUGACUUGAGUACGAAGAAGAGUAAACAAUUGUAAAAAGACUGAAAUAGUGCGAUAGGAAAUGUGUGUAUCGACAUAUUGUGAAUUACCACUGUAUAAAGUUCCAGCGCAGCACUUGUGUGAAUCCUGAGCCACCGUUUUUAUUUUAUUUUGUCUUGUUUGUAUUCUUUACUCGCAACCAUUUGUGGCGAUAUUUGUCAUGCCCAGUUUGAAACCCAUUUAUUUUUGGUCAAUAAGAUGUAAAACAUUUUUUUACAUAGCAGUGAUGUUGGACACCGCCAUGUUUAAAUCUUUGAUCUUGCCUGCCUUCUGAGGGGUUUAACGAUAAGAAACUUGUAAGUGGUACAGUCUGAGAUGUUUUAUGAACCACUUGUGCUGAAGUAAAUGUGGAAAACUUGAA